GGGUUUCCGUAAUUGUCAUUAGAUUUAUAAACAAAUUUAUUAUGAGCGUGUUUUAAUAUGUUUAAUCCCAAUCCCUAUUAAAUUAUUGAAUAACAUGGAUUUGUUAACGCAAACAAGUCUUGAAGCUUUACUUCUAAAAGCUACUAAUACGAAAAAUCUCAACUUCGAUACUGUCGCAGUAGAAGCCUUCUGUUCUAUAAUUAAUAAAGAGAAAGAUGGUCCACAAGUUGGAGUAAAAGUGAUAGCCGCCAGGCUACCAUCGGGGAAUGAAAGGGAAAUGCUACAAACUUUAAAUGUUUUGGAUCAUUGUAUGUCAAAAUGCGGUACAAAUUUUCAAAACGAAGUAGGAAAAUUCAGAUUUUUGAACGAAUUGAUAAAACUAGUUUCGCCAAAAUACUUAGGUUCUCAAACCCCAUUAACAGUAAAACAAAAAAUUCUACAAUUAUUCUAUGUGUGGACAUUGGAUUAUCCAAAAGAAAUUAAAAUAGUUGAGGCAUUUGAUAUGUUGAGAAAACAAGGAGUUGUUAGAGAUAUCCCCAAUCCAAAUGUACCGUUAUUAGAAGGUAACGCUUUCACUAAAAGAAAAAGCGUGACUUCUAUUUUCCAAGAUGAGGAAAAAUCAAAAAUAUUACAGAAACUACUACAAAGUAAGGACCCAGAAGAUAUACAAGCUGCGAAUUGGUUGAUAAAAAGCAUGGUUAAAGAAGAUGAUAAAAGAGCCGAAUUAAAAAGUAAAAGAAUUUCAGAGUUGGAAUCUGUGCAAAAUAAUGUCAGAUUAUUAAAUGAAAUGUUAGAUUCAUAUAAACCUACAGUUUCAUCAAUAGCAGAAUUAGAUCUUAUCAAAGAGUUAUACCAAAAUUGUGAGAGUUUGAGACCUUCAGUGAACAAAUUGAUUCUAGAAACCCACCUCGAAGAAGGGAUACUAGAUGACGUUUUAAAAACAAGUGACGAAUUAUCUAUUGCAUUUGAUAAAUACAAUAUUCUUAUUAUCCAAGGAAGGCAAUUACCAAUGAAACGAGACUCAAAUCAUUCUCUUCUACAGUUUGAUAACCCAAAUUCAUUAAUACCUGAUAAAAAUAAUUCACAAAAUGGUGAUGCUGAAACAUCGCUUGACGUGUUAUGUGAUAUAUUUAGUUCUUCAACUAUACCAGAUUCUGCUGAUCUUUUACAACCUUUAAGUAUAACAAAAGAUGAUACACAAAUGGGUGAAAAUAGUAAGGAUAUACCGAAACUAAAGGGAUUAGAAGAACUCGAUGUAUUAGGGGAUCAUUUGAUGAAAGAAAAUUUACAAAGCUGUAGGAUUAAUAACGAGAAAGUACCGAUGAAUCUUCUGAAUAAAAUAUCGGAAAUAAAGCAAAAUCAACUAGCUCAGAAACAUGAAACAAAUCAAACGGAAACAUUCAAUCUCGAUUUAAACUAUCUUCUUAAAUCGAAGAAUGAUGUAAAAUCUUCAAGUGAUACCAACGAUGAUUGUUUAGUUGAUAUAAGUGAUGAAAAAAUGUUGGAAGUCGAAAAAAAUACAGAUUCCGAAUUAAUCCACACUGUAUCGCUAACGAAAACGGAAAAAAGCGUACAAGAAAAAAAUAUUAAACUGAAUGAUAUAUUUGUUAAAUUGGAAAGUAUUAGACCGAGCGGUUUACCUCCGAUGGUUAUUUUAAACGAUAAAAACGGCAUUACAGUCUCUUUACAUUUAGCCAAAGAUGAACCCAAAGAUGGAGUUAAUGUUUUUGUUAUUACAACUGUUAGUAGAAACGAAUCUCCUUUGAAUAAUUAUUUGUUUCAAGCUGUAGUUCCUAAGGGAUGUAAAUUGAAGUUACAACCACCGUCUUCAACAGAUCUUCCUGUCUACAAUCCAUUUUUACCACCAAUGGCUAUUACACAAAUAUUAUUAGUUGGAAAUCCGGAAUCUGUUGCAGUUUCUUUAAAAUUCAUCAUUAGCUACAUAAUGGAUGAGGAAACAAUUACAGAAAUGGGAGAAGUGGAAGAGCUACCGAGGCUUCGUUGAUAAAUUUCAUCGAGUGAAAUAUCAAAACUGCUACUUUAUAGGUUUUUAACACGUUGACUGACAAUUUUAUUUAAUCCUCUUAUAUCAUUAAAAAUUUUUAUUCAAAUACAAAGUUGUCACUGAAACGUUGGAAAAUGUAGGAUCUUACAAGUUAUUUCAUUGUUGGCAGUUAACGUGUUGAAUCUUGUCUCAAGAUUCAUUUGAAAAUCCGAAGAAAAAAAGGUCCGAAUUAUGAUUUUCUUUCUAGUCAUUUUUAAAUAAAAUGUACUUAUUGAUUGUAUGCAGAAUUGUUUUGCUAGUUUCGAAAAACAACACUGUUGAUUAUAUAUACAGGGCGUACCAGAAAGAACGAUUUUUCUAUUAGAUUAGCCCCUUUCGGAUAUUACAAAUCGUGUCACUUUUUCUUUGGAAAUUGUAUAUAUUGUCAGAUUGUCAAUUUUUUACUGUAUUUACUGAAAAUUUGUGAAUUUUCCUCUAUAGCGAUUAUUUCGUGCUUUUCAUCAAAUCUUCAGCUAUAUCUAGAAGAUUCUACAUUUUCCAAAAUACUUGGCCUCCUCCCAAAGGUUUUGGUGUCCCAGUUUCCAAGGUGAUAGUACUACUUCGUCAAAGUACUUGAGCCUUUUGAUGACCUACAAGAAAACCAACCACCAGUUUGAUGUCAUUUGUAGUCAUUAUGAGAUCUUAAUUGAUAUGGUUAUGAAAUUAUCCUAGACCUGAGUGUUUUUCUAUCUGAUCCUUUAGCCUUUAUGGUCUAUUCCAUUGGAUUAUCUUUGUCCUGGAAUGUUUCUUCAUUCGAUCCUUGAGCCCUACUUUCAAUUUCUUUUUUGAUAUGACACUUCAUGGGGUUACAAUAGGGUUCUGGUCCAAAAUUUGGAUUGUCUUCUUGUUUCUUCAUUUAAUUGCCACUAUUUUUUCUAUUAUUCUCACCUCGGCUAUUAAACGACCCAUUUCGCUAUUCUACCAAAGCACGUCUCUCAAUUACCUUGGAUUUUAUUGUGCAGUUGUUUUUUUUCUGUUAUCUAACUAUGUAUAAAACGUUGCAUUUUUCGAAAAUAAAAAGCAAAAUAGUUCUCUUAAUAUAAACAAUAAUUUUUUAUGUACAAAAAAAGAGGUUGUGUGUUAAGAAUAUUAUAUUUAUAGUUUUUUUUAUAAUUUUUAUAUUUUAAAUUUGUUUUUUUUUGUUAAACAUAUUUAAUCAGAUUUAUAUUCAGUUAUAAU